CGGCUUCGCGAUUUCUAUGCCCAGCGAGAGAAACGACUGGUGGAGGCCACUCCAGAGAAGACCCUCCGAAGCAGAGAGGAGACAGCUGUGCCUGUGAAGGAGAAGGAGCCCUUAGAGCUUCGAAAGUGCGGAAACGACCUCUUUGAGUCGAAGGACUAUGAAGGAGCAGUAGAGCAGUACACGGCGGCCAUCAAGAAGGAGCCAACCUCCGUCUUGCACAGCAACCGUGCAGCCGCGUACAUGAUGCUCGGCUGGUGGGACCAAGCGCUGCGUGACACGAAGGUCGCGCUGCGCAAGGACUCGGAGAAUUUCAAGGCCUUGGAACGGCAGGGUCGCAUCCAACUGGCGCGGGAUGAUCUCGACGCAGCGGCAGCGGUGGUCGCAGAUCUGGAGCUGGCAGAUAAGCUCUUGAAGUCCCAUGAGCAGCGUGGUCCCAAAGAGACCUUCAAUGGAGCGGACCGACCGGCAGCAGGCGAAUUGGUGUCACCAUUUGGCUUGCGCAUCCGCAAGAGCCUCGCUAAGGCUUUGGUCGAGGCGAGCGAUGCGGUGGAUAACCCGAGAAAGACUCUUAGCUGGAGCUUGAGGAUUCGACCGGCUUUGGCAUACAACAAACGGGAGGCAGAGCACGGAGAUGAGAUCGAGGAGCUCACGCCUUUCGCUCGUGAAGCCGUGAGGCUAACCGGCGAGAUUCUUCAAGAUUUCCCUGAGGAACACUUUGCCGAUUCCCCUCGCUCCAUCCCGCCAGCCACGAGAUACUCACGCGAGGCCGCGCGCUACUUCGACUUGGCCGACAGGGGCUCAAAGAUGAGCGGUAGAGGGAUCACCAGUCAUGGCACAGAUGAUGUGAAUGCGGCGAAUGCCAAGAACAAUUAUUAUCAUGACCAUAACGAUGGUGUUCACGACGGUGCUGGUGCCGGUGCCGGUGCUGGCAUCCAUGUUUUCUCUUCUGAGAAGAUCCGGGAAGUCCAGGGCACUGUGGAUGAGGUGGAGGAGGUCAAGUCCAAGGCCAACGAGCUUUACAAGGAAGGACACUUGGAUCAGGCCAUCGCUCUGUACACCGAAGCCAUCGACCGAGAUCCUGAUUGCGUGGACACGCGAACAGUGGCUACGCUCUACUACAACAGGUCUGCGGCCUUGCGCAAGCGAGGCGAGUUCGAGAAGGCCUUGGACGAUGCGAAUAUGUGCCUGGCACUCCACCCAAAGUGGACGAAGGCUCUUUACCGUCGUGGCAUACUGUUACUGGAGUGCGGCAGAUACGCGGAAGCCUUGACAGAGCUGAAGGUGGUGCAAAGAGCAGACCCCACCUUCGAUGAUGACCUCGAGGAGCCCGGGCCUUGGGAAGCUCCCUCAGCUUCUCUCUUCGUAUGUAUCGAAAUUGGAAAGGUUUUUGAACGCAUGGCUCGGACCUUUGGUGCCAUCGUCGCAGCGGCUGCCCUGCUUGGCAGCCGGAGCGAACCCGUCGAGGCAGACUGCAAGGAGACGGAAGGGCCCGGCUUGUCCUUCAUCCAAGCCAAGGCACUCGCAAGGGGAAACACUACGGCGAAGAAGGAGGCGCUUGAGUACCAUUGGUCCUCUGGCCGUGGCAACUAUCCCAACUACGGCGUGGCCAAACACCCAGGGCCCUUUGACCUCGCCGGCAAGUUCGCGUGGAACUGGUCUGAUCCGCUGGGACGGUACUUGACAUUGACGUACGGCACUGCCAUCGACCACCUGAGAAAUGUCUACCUCAGUGCAGCCGAUGGAGUCCGGAAGUUUGACCCGGAUGGGAACCUCUUGUGGCAGUACUUCUCGCUGCCUGCUGAAAUGAUGGAUGCCCCAUCCCUGCUCGAUGGGAAGUUAUACGGAAGUGACACACAUGGAAACAUCGUCGCUCUGGAUUUGGACGACGGAAAGGUGGUCUGGAAGACCCAAAUCGCCCCCAACAUCGGCCAGGACAACGGUUUUACCAUGGCGAAGGACGGCGUCGUGCUUGCUGCGUGCGAUUGGCGCGAACCAUCCCCGAUGGGCGAGGCCAACCAGAAGGUCAAAGCCCUGAAUGCCACUACUGGCAAACAGCUCUGGACCUUUUCGCCAGACACUGCGGUGUGGAACUUCGAGCCCCUUUUCGUGGAUCAGGACGACUUCGUUUUCCAAGACAUGACCGGCAAGGUCUACAGAAUGGACCUGCACACCGGCCACGUGCUGUGGAAGACCGGUGGCAAGGUAGGCACCUGGACCGAUGGCAGUGCAACCGUGGGAAAUGGCAUGGUUUUCGCAGUGAACAACAACCACCUGCCUCCGAACAAUGGUGUGAGCGAAUACAAUCCUGGCACGCUGAGCGCUUAUAACUUGAGUACCGGCAAGCUUGUCUGGAAGGAGGUGACUCCGCGACCACCCAACAAUGCCCCGGCUGUGGGUAAGUUGAUGAAUCUGGACGGCAUGUCCGUGGUCCAGCCGUUAUGCCAGCAAGUCAUGCAAGGAGCGCACUGUGACGUUCACGUCUACAAUGCGGACACAGGAGCGCUGCAAUGGGUUUUCCAUGGACCUGCACAAGCAGGCAUUCUGCAGGGUGGAGAUCAGGAAGGAUUCGAAGACCGCCGAUACAUGGGCAUCCGCGAAAUGUGCCUGCCAAACGGCUGGAGC